AUGCUCCAAGUUGUCAUGGACGAAAACAUUUGUCCUUUUGUUACGAACAUGACCCCUGUACUGGUCAUCCACUACUUUUGCCCACACAUUCCAUCGUCUUCCCGCCACCAAUGGGUUCCCAGCCUAAUGGCGUCUUCGAGUUGCCAUCCGAACACUGGCGGGUGGGCCAUGGCUCCUAGGGGGCUGGGGUCAAAGACGGGGAGCGACUUGAAUGGGGAGGGGAUGUUCAUGUCGUUUGCAAUGUCGAAUUUUGCUCCUUUCAGCUUCAAGUGGUUUUGCACACAACCAUUUUGUGGUGUUUUAGAGGUAGGGGUAGAGAGCGGCAAGGGCGAGAGGGAGGGAGAGGUUGAAUACACAGCUGAGGGGGGUUUCCAGGAUGGAUUACCUAAUGUCUUUCCAGGUGUGCGCAUCACACGUCUUGGACGAUACGACGCAUCACUCUUUGAUGCGUACGCGGGAAUUGCCGUACUCGACGUUCUACAUGGCCACAAGCCACGCUUGGUCUCGCCUUUGUCCUAUGUUCAGACUCGACGCAUGUGCACUUUUAGUCUACUGAACCGGUUGCAGAGAAGACCGUUUAACGGUAAAAUCGCGAAAAUCGGAUUUUAUACGGUUGAACACGUUUCACCUGUAUCAUCUCCCCCUCACUUUAAUACUGACCGUCCUCAGUCAUUGCAAGAUCCCUCUGAGGACAUAUUAUCUCUUGGACUUUGUCUUAUGGCUCACACGGUUUUCUAUUCUAGCGACGGAUCGCCAAGACUACUCAGGCUCGUAUCUCACGCCUGUCAGGACAAGGAACUCCGAAAAAGCUAUUUUUAG